AUGGCGGACCACACCCACCUAGUUUAUGAUUUCUGGAACCAGUCUAACUCCGUUGCCCCAGAUAUUAUGCUGGAACCACCCAUGAUCCCUAAACCUAAAGUAGCUCCAUCUUCAUCUAGAAUGUUCUCUUGCCUCUAUUGUUCCCGUAAGUUCUGCACUUCUCAAGCACUUGGAGGACAUCAGAAUGCUCACAAACGAGAAAGAGCCGCUUCUCGCAGGAAUAUGUUCUCUACCGACCCUAACAAUAACAAUAAUAGGCUCCAAUUCCAUUUUCUGCACAACAACAAUGAGAAUAUGCCUCAACAACACAACAUCAUCAAUGCUAAUUACUCCUGCCAGCUCCAACCACCACCUCCUUCAAACAAUAACUUGUGCUCCUCCUCAUCCGCCGUUUUCUAUCCUCCACCGGAUCAUGGAUAUUUUACUACUACUACUACUGGUGAGGAUUUGUCAUUGUCCCCCAUUGAUGAACCCCAGCUGAAUCUCGACCUUACCCUUCGUUUGUAG